CAUGUUGUUCAUUCUUAUACUUAUUUCCUAAGCAUUUGCAGACUAAUUAAUAUUAUCAUAAAUUUUAUGGAGACAUGGUGCUCGUACUCCUCUUCAUUGUAAUUGGAAAUGCGAAGAAUUUGAGUAAUAGGGUAUGUUGAAUGGAUAUUUGACACCUACUGGAAUGAGACAACAUUAUGUUUUAGGAUAAUGGUUAAGAAGGAGAUAUGUUGAAGACUUAAAACUUUUAAGUUAGAAUUACAAUGAGGCAGAAAUCUAUAUAGAGAGCACAGAUGUAAAUAGAACAAUAAUGAGUGCAUUGAGCAAUCUUUAAGGCAUGUAUCCAUUAGGAACAGGUCCAAAAGUAAAUCCAAAUUUGAAUCAUUCCUAUUUGCUUCCUCCUAAUGAUAUAAUUUUUGAAGAUUUAGGAAAUGAAGCUAUUCCAGGAUUAUUGCAAGUAGUUCCAGUUCAUGUGAGAGAGAAGAAAGCAGAUAUAUAUCUUAGAGGAUAUGAUGCUGUGGCAUGUCCAAGAAAUGAAGAAAUAAUAAACAAUAAUGUCAAUUCUAAAUUAUACCAUGAAAUCAAUCUUAAAUCUUAACCAUUAAUAUUAGAUUUUGCAGAAUAACUUUAAAUUGAUGCAUCUCUAUUAGUAUAUAUAAAUUAUCAUUUAGAAUAUAACAAAUUUAUAUGAAUAUCAGGACACAUUCGAUUCUUGCGAAUUUAAUGGGUAUUAAAUGCCAAAGAUAAAAGAAAGUACUAAAUAAUAGAUGAAAUUACUUCAGUACUUAUAUUUUGCACUUGAACAUAAUAUAGAUUUUGAGUAAUUGAUUGAUUUAUAUAUUAUUUUAGUUAAGCUCGUCUUUUGGCAACACCCUUUUUUACAAAAGUAUUAGAGAAUAUGGAUAGUGUUAUAAACAAUAAUACAAAACACAAGUUUAGAAUCUUUUCUGCUCAUGAUACUACUGUUGAAUUGAUUUUAAAUGCACUUAAUUUAACAACAGUUGAAUGUCUAAAAUAAGUUUAUUUUAAAUAGGAAGUAUAGAAUAAAAAUUGUAUCUAUACAUUUCCAGGUUAUGCUAGCAAUAUUAUAUUUGAAUUAUAUAGAAAGUAGGGAUUAGAUGAUUAGUAUUAUAUUUAAGUAUUGUAUAAUGGUACUUUGAUGCCAAUUUGUAAUAAUAAAUACAAAUGUGAUUAUUAAGAAUUCAAUGACAUAAUUAAAUUCUAAAAUGUAUAAAAUUAUGAAGAAGAAUGCUGGAUAGUAAUAUUUUUAUUUGAAUUCUUUAGACACCCAAAAGUGAAAAAUAAAUAGCCACUUGGUUGGUUGUGACAAUUAGUGUAGCUUUAACUUUGCUAUUUGUAUUUUCUAUAUGCAUUAUUUAUUUAUCAAUAAGAUAGAAAAGAUUGGAUUAAUAUGUAAAAGGAGUUUAAUAAUUUGAAGCUUGAAAUUAUUAAUAAAAAUAAUUUAUACUAAUUAAUUAAAUUUCUUAGUGAAAAAUUCACAAAUGAGGUGCAAAAUAUUCAUAAUAAUAAAAUUAUGAGUUCUAAUUUGAAAUCAGAAACAUAGAUCAAAAUACUAUCACCUCAAAACAAUUUUAUCUCUAGUCUAUAGAAUUUUAAAUAGGAUUCUCAUAGAAAUACUGAAUAUGAUAAUGUUCAAAUUGCUUAUAGUAUGAGUAAUUCUAUAAAUAAUCUUACUCCAAUGAAAUUGUAAUAAAGAACCAGAAAGAUAUCUGGUAAUUAACUUUCAGUUUCUAGAACAGACAAUAUAAUAAUCUAAUGUUAAAUUUGUGAAAAUUUAGAUGAUAUGAAUUUAAUAUAACCUUGUUAAUGCGAAGUAUUAUAAAUAUAAUAAUUAGAACUUUUAUCAUUAAACUUGUUUUAAGAAGAAACUAUUAACAACAACUGGACCAUUUACAAAUGAAAUUAUUACAUGUUCUAUUUGUGGAAUUGCUUAUAAAAUUAGAAAAAUAGAAACUUAUAAUUAAUAGAAUUUUGUAUCCUUUUUAAUCUUACUUUUAUUAGAGUAAAAUAACAUAAAUUGUCUCAUUCUUAAUUAGACUAAUAAUCACAUUGGGAGGAUUGAGUGGUCUCUCAUAUUGGUUUUAUAAAGAAGUUUAGUAACCAGAAGAGAUGUCUUCAUUAGUAGCAAUUAUUGUUUUGUUAAUACUAUUGUUACUUCUUUAUUUAGUUUAUUUGAUAUUAGAAUUAGUAAGAGGAAAUGUAGGAGUGGAUUGGGAAAUUCUUGA